AUGGAGCAGCUUCGGUUGCAGCGUGUAAAGCUAGGAUUCGUCGUCCCAAAAUCAGAAAAUAAUAAUAAUAAUAUUGAUGAUGAAAAUAAAAUUUUGGCGCCAUCUGUGAUCCAAAAGCAAAAGGCGAGGGAGAGAGAAAGGGUCGCUGCCGCCGCUCUCCUCCUCCUCUUUCUCUCUCCUCGCUACUCCUCUUCUUCUCUCUCUCUCCCCUCUUCUUCUUCCUCGUCUUCAACCCCCAGCCUCAGGAGUGGAGCUUCGGAGGAGGAGGACGAGGAGGAGGCGUCGAUCUCUUUCUCAGGCGCCAGCGAGGAGAUCUCGUCGUCGUCGUGUAUCUCUGACGCGUGCUCGUCGGCGAUCUCAGCGGCACGUCGAGUAGAUCAGAUCCACGGCGAUCCGCUGCUGGCUCUCGCUUUAGCUGCUGCUUCUGCUGCUAAUCCUCGCGCUUCUUUCAGUCCUAAGGUGGUGAAGAAAGCUCGAUCAAAAAUCCAGAAGCAAAAGAGGAAAUAUAAGGAUAUCUACAAGAUGAGAGUAGUUUACAGCAUGCUGAAUUCCCAAGGGAACAAUGAUAAGGACGACAACGAUGAAGCUCCAGCUGUCUUCGCUUUGCCCAGCACUACAGUAACCACCAUCACUCCUACUACUUCUUCCUCAGUCACCACCACAGCCACUAGCACCACCAGGAGAUCAAGGCUGCGCCCGAUGAAGAACAGGAAAACUGGCUCCAGCUCAAGCUCAACGACUGCAAGAGCCAAAGCUAAUAGCAACACGAGCAUGAGCAUUAAGCGUCGAGCUGAGGCCAUCGUUGAUUGGCUCUCGGGCAAUGGAUGUGCUUCGGAGGUCAGGAUCCGGUCUGUGGUCGGGGACAGCCCAGAUACCAGCAAAGCCCUCAGACUAUUGGUGAAGAAGGACGAAGUGAAGAGAAUGGGCGCAGGAGGGCGCAGUGAUCCCUUCUUGUAUAUGGUGAAGUCGAAAGAGGCAACACAGAACUGAUUUUAGCUCCGUUUACGGGGGAAGUUAUAUGGAGAAGAUAAUGAAAUUGAUCUCCUUUUUAACAUAGUUUGGUCUAGUGUUUAGAAAAGAAUUAUGAGCCUCAAAAUGGCUCAUAUAUACCAGAGAGUUGCUCUCUGUUUUAACUCAUCAUUUUUAAUCUUUGUUGUUUACUUUGUACCUAUGGGUUAUAUAGUUACUAUACUAGACAGGAGCGAGAAUGGGCAUGAAAAUUUUGGACGUAGCAGUUGUUCAUGACCCUGAGAAAGAGUAGCGAGUACAGCACCUAAGGAAUAAGCUGUAGGCGUGUAGGUAAGAACGCAAGUUCUCUUUCAAAUGAUAUAUACAAGUUGCUUUGUUUA